AUGUCGGAGCCCGGCUCCCCCGCGGCCGGUGAUAAAGCGCCCCGGCUCCAGGACCGUGUCCUUCGUGGGCUGCGCUGGGGCCGCCUCCAGGAGCCCCUGGGCUUCAUCAAGGUGCUGGAAUGGCUCUUUGCCAUCUUCGCUUUCGGCUCCUGCGGCUCCUUCAGUGGUGAGACAGGAGCAACAGUGAAAUGUGACAGUGGAGGCAUGACAGCCAUCAGCAUCCAGUUUGGGUACCCCUUCAGGUUAUACCAGAUUCCCUUUGGGAUGCCGAAUUGUGAGGAUGAAUCAGAAGCCCGCACCCUGUACCUCGUUGGUGAUUUCUCCGCUCCCGCCGAGUUUUUCGUGACCCUGGGGGUCUUCUCCUUCCUCUACUCCAUGGCGGCUCUGGUGCUCUACCUCCGCUUCCAUUCCCUGUACACCGAAAACACAAAGCUCCCCUUCACAGAUUUCUGCGUCACCGUCUGCUUUGCCUUCUUCUGGCUGGUGGCAGCGGCGGCAUGGGGCAAGGGGCUGAGCGACGUGAAGGCAGCCACGCGCCCCUCUGCCCUCAUCGCUGCCAUGGGGGUCUGCCAGGGCGAUGGGGUGGUCUGCAACGCUGGCACCACGCCGGCCAUGGGGCUGGCCAACAUCUCAGUGCUCUUCGGGUUCCUCAACUUCCUGCUGUGGGCCGGGAACUGCUGGUUCGUGCUGCGGGAGACGCCGUGGCUGCGGCCGCCCGAGCCCCGCGACAGCGCGGCCGAGCAAGGCGCUAUCGACAAGCAGUAG